AUGGAGGUCGCCGAAAGCAGGGAGUCUGUUCCAGUGGGUGCGCCGACUGGAGCAGACUCUGCCGUCACCAACGGAGAACAAAAUAUUCUGCUGGACGACUCGCUUAUGGAUGAUGACCGAUCGAGCAGUUUGAGUGAAAUCGAUGACGUCUCUGAAAAUAUUCCGUCCGACUACGAGUCUCCCAAGCCCGAGAAGGUGGCGCCGGAAAAUGACUCGGAGGCGGAGACAGAGCGCAUCGAGGACUCCCCCAAUAUUCGCUCAAAAACAAACAUCGUCGUAAGCGCUACUGGGUAUGAGCCAAGCCCCAGCAAAUUGGCCCAGUCGACGACCUACGAGGACGUGGAAGAUGAUGAAGAGCACGUGGCGGACGAUUCGCCCAGCAAACCUCGCGCCAAAACAACUCGGGCAGCUGAAGUGGCAGAUGAGACGCUCGGGCUGGACGAUUCUGCACUGUCAGAAGCCAUUGGCAAAAAGCGCAAGCGGCUAGAGUCCGGCGACGAGGCGGGCACUGAGAUCGAUGAAGACGAUUUGCCGCCCCAGAAGCGCCGUGGCUCGGUCAAGAGCGAUCUCAGCGACCCACCUGCGGACGAUAUAGUGCUUACCCCCGAGCCAAUGGAAGAACCCCCCAAGAUCAAUGAGGAAGAUACCGUGGUCGACGACAUCACCGAAUCGGCCUUGCCCGUGGCGCCCGCAAAAGCGAAGAGGGCCAAGAAGGGCAAGCGAAAGGGUCGCAAAACUAGAGAUGCCGAUGAUGACGUUGAUAACGGCGCACUCGAGACAGGUGCCGAGGUCGAUGACCUCGGGGACGAUGAUACUGCAGAACGUGGUGACGAUGCAGACGACGGCGACGCCACUGCCAAACUUGAGGAAGAAUUCAAGAGAGUCUCCGCCCUGGAGUCACUAGCCGGACUGGAACGGGAAUUUGCCCUUCUACGAGACAAGAUCUAUGAUGAGCGGAUCUCGAAAUUGAAUCGGGAGCUUGAGAUGCUCAACGGGCCUAAUCCGACCCAUACCGAAUUCCUGCGGCAGCUCGAGGGCGUCAGGCAGUAUCGCGACGCCAAGAUCAAAUAUGAACACACGCUGUUCCAAUACCGGGUACACUCGUUGCUGAACCGGAGCAUGGCGGAGCGCGCUCAAUCGCAUAGCACGUUCUUCCAGCGGGCGCGAGAUAUUCGCGAAAAGCACUCGAGCGCCAUCAGCAAGCAGUUCUAUUCAAUCCAGCACGAUCGCUUCAAGACCGACGAAGUCAGCCCGCAGCAUUACAUUCCGUUCCCGAUGCGGCGUUCGCAACAGAUCUCCCACCAAACGGCGUACAACCAGGAGGUGUCCAUCAUGGCGGGAGUCGCCAAAUACGUGGGCUUCCCGGCCGCGCCUGCGCUGUCUGCCGCGCGACCGGCCGAGCUUGAAGAGGAUCUGGAGAAAAUGGGGAUCUCCAUCGAAACAAGAGCUCCGGCCUCGCAACCGCCGCCGUCGACCACGUCCACCACCCUCCCGCGGGGUGCCAUGCCGGCCAUGUCAUCCAACUUCCGCACGGCGGCGGAGGAGGCGUUCCUGGAGCAGACGCCGUGGGCCAACCCGCAACACCCCAUCCAUCAGCACCAGCAGAUGCCCCCCCGGCCGCAGAGCCGGAAGCGAGUGGUCGAUAUACACGCCCCCAACGGCUCCGCCUCGACCAUUGCGGAGAACUCCUCGGCCAAUAACACCCCCUACGACCAGGAACAACAUCCCCAGACCCUCGGGCAUUUUGUAAAUCCCGAAUACGAUGCCGACCGGCGCUCGGGGUUCCGGUCAUUAAGCUCCUCGCCCCUCGACGUCCGCAAACCCCAUCCAGCCUCCUCGUACGGCAACCUCGACCACCGAUCUCCCCAGGGUCCCUCUCACAACGCCUCCGCCUACUCCCCGCCCUCAGCCCGACUGGGUCUGUUCCAGUCAACGACCUCCAAACGGGAUCCCUCACCGUCCAUGUCCUCCCGUCCCGUCAAUUCCAUCCACCAGUCGACUGGGAUCCUGGGGGGGGCCAGCUCCAACCAGAUGGUCGCUCGAUGA